AUGCUUUCCCUUGCUCCGCGACCAAGUUCCAAACGCCUUUACUAUUUUAUAAGACCAAUCGUAUUUUUCUGCGACCGCUUCCACAUAGUUGAAGACAACACUGACGAUGCUGACCGCCAACACGCCAUAUUUGAGAUCUAUAAUCUCACGCGUGAGUCAGUUGUAGUGUAUCGGACGCUCGAGUCGUUGUUCUCGGCAACUGCGAGCGUUAUUGUGUUAAAAAGUCGAAUGGUUAGAGAUCGAAGACGAGAGUAUGAUGACAAGCAGCAUAUAAGACAUGAAGCCAGGAUCAAGUUUUCUUUUGACGUUUCGGUCAUAUCGCGUGAAGUCCUCAUAGAUACUCUUCGUACAAAUCUAAUCGUAGGAAAUUUAACUGUAAACGGUUUCGAUGACUGGAUUCCCUGCGAUAGACAAUCGUAUAAUGUCUUAUUUGAUCCACUGAUACCUGACGAGUUUUUGUCACAAGUCAAAAGGAAAGAAAAGCACCUUCGAACAUUUGCCGACGUAUUUGACAUAAAACUAUUAAGUCAAGCCAUUAAUGAUGUAUUUAAAGGCAACAAAACGGCAGCAUUCGAUUGUCUAUUUCCUGGACCAAAGUUUACAAUUGAAAGAGACAAUGAACAGUCGCCUGUUGUUGCUUUCUCGAUUAAGAAGUAUUGGUUCGAAGAUGAUGUAUGCAAUCCUCUCAUUGAAGCCAUCAAUACGUUGAUCGAAGAUAAGAAGGCCGUAAUUAUUGAUGAUGAGGCACUCCAUCAUCUAAACUUUUCAUAUUGGCAAUUGGCAAAUAUGAAUCCAAUGAUAAUGGCUUUUGUUCCUCGAAAAAAUUACCAAGUCAAAGAUAUGACUGAUACGCUUGAGAGACUUGAGAAAGCGGCAAGAAACGUCUCGCUUGAUAGAUCCGAAGUUCAAUUACAGGACCUUUCUACUGAAGCGCACAAGUUGGCCCAGCUUUCAAAAGAAGCCGCGGAAAGAUUAGAAGCCGAACGCAUACGAUGGAGCAAGCUAUAUAAACCCGCAAACUAUGGACUAUCUGGAGUAGCAUGGACCUCAAUCGCAACAUUCCCAUUUCAAGCGUAUUAUACGUGGAAAAACGAUCGAGAAUCAUUUCUAAAGAUUUUCAGAGGAGCCGAAGGGGUAGUCACAACCGUUUUCUUCACUCUUAUUUUCUUCUUAGGAAUCUCAGUACAGGCAUCCAUAGACAACUUCGACAUAGCUAUUAAAACGCACGCAGAAGCUAUUCCGGUACAUACAAGAGCAGCCAUGGGACUACUUGCAUUCGAACAAUGUCUUCAUCAGAUAUCUAAUGUUAGUCAGAUUCGUGUGUUAGUCGACGACAAUGAAUUCAAGCACAGGAAAUUUCUACUGAGUUCUUUAUUUACUCAGUUGGCAAAUGCUUCGCUUGGAUUGAAAAACAAGUUGAACGAAUUGGUAACUUAA